GUAGCGUGAGAGCUUAUGUUAAACGCAGUGAUAUCUAUACGCGGCUGUUAAGCGAGCACAGUUUAUCACACAACGCUCCGACGAUUGCUGCGUUUGUAAGCCGACUUGCCGACGGCGGGACAAAGGUUUUUGCUCGCUACCAUAGGCGUCCACAAUUUCCGUCGACAUGACAGGAAAAGGUUCAGACGUCAAAGCGCUGGACGUUGAAGCGGGAGACCCCUCAACAAAUGGCUACCGCAGAGAGAAAAGCUUUGCGCCGCUUGGCAUGCGCAUUGUGUUCAAGGAUUUGGAUUACUCAGUCCCAUCAAACACGCAAAAGGGCGUCCGCGCCUACCUGCUAAAGAAGGUUUCUGGAUACUUUGAGGCGCACGAGAUGGCAGCGCUGAUGGGCCCAAGCGGCAGCGGCAAGACCACCCUGCUGGAUGUGUUGGCGGGCCGCAAGAACGCGGGCCUCACGGAGGGCACGGUGGCCUUCGCGGGGCAGAAACCCACUCCGCAGUUCCUGCGCCGCUACACCGGCUACGUGGAACAGUUCGACACGCUGCUGGGCACGCUGACGGUGUACGAGAUGUUGCUGUACACGGCGGAGCUGAAGCGGUCCAUCAAGGAGAGCCUGGAGGACAAGAAGCAGGCGGUGGAGGAGCUGCUCGAGAAGCUGGCGCUGCAGCGGUGCAGGGAUGUCAAGAUCGGUAAUGCGAUGGCCAAGGGCAUCAGCGGCGGGCAGGCCAAGCGCACCAACAUCGGCAUCGCGCUCAUCACCAAUCCGCGAGUGCUGUUCCUGGAUGAGCCCACCAGCGGGCUGGACUCGUUCACUUCGAAUGAGGUGAUGACUGUUGUCAAGGCCCUGGCCAAGGAGGGGGUCACCAUCUGCGCCACCAUCCACUCGCCCACCAGCUACUGCUUCUCGCUCUUCGACUCGCUGAUCAUGCUGGUGAAGGGCAGGGUGGUCUACUUUGGGCCGAGAGGCCACUCCGCCAUCGAGUUUGUGCAGUCCGCCUGCCCCAACGUGAAGGAGUACACCCCGGGGUACAACGACGCGGAGUACCUGGUGGAUCUGGUGACGGAGGCGGACAUUGGCGGCAAGAGCGACCUCAUGGCGGACCACUACGCGAGCUCCGUGCUAGCCCAGGAGAACGGCGCCACCAUUGACGAGUUCCUGUCUCAGUCGGCGGAUGCGCUGCCGGAGCACAUCCAGAAGGAGCUGGCGGUGCGGUCGGCCACCGUGACUCCCUGGUGGUGGGGGCUCAAGACGCUGGUCAAGUACCGCACGACCAAGAACUACCGGGAUCCCGAGUUCCUGGGUCCGCGCAUUGGAGACAAGAUCCUCAUCAGCCUGCUCAUCAUGACCCUGUACCUGGGCAUUGGCGACAACUUCUCCGAGUCCAACUACGUGAACAUCGCCGCGGUGCUGUUCAUGUGGUGCACCAUGCCGGCGUUCGGGGCGGCGGCGUACGUGCCGGCACUGGUGCUAGAGCGCGGUCUGUUUGUCCGCGAGCGCAGUGACGGGCUGUACCUGGUGGUGACCUACCUGCUGAGCAAGAUGGUGGACGAGCUGCUGCUGGCGGGGAUUGCAUCGCUGGGCAUCUCGGCAUACGUGUUUUACGGCAUCCAGCUGCAGGGCCAGUGGGUCACCUUUUGGCUGAUCUAUUACAUCACCCUCUCCAACGGCAUCGUGCUGGCAUACCUGGUGGCCGCCAUCUCGCCCAACCUGGACGUGGCCAACGCGCUGCUGCCCACCUACGUGGUGACGCUGCUGUUCUUUGGCGGCUUCCUGUUCCGCUUCCACGAGAUGCCCCGCUGGUGGAAGUGGUACUCGUACAUUGACUUCCUGCGCUACAGCUGGGGUUCGGUGAUGGUGAACCAGUUUGAGGAGGAGGACCCCGCGUGGCUCGGCGGCACGGUGCUCUCCAACUACAGCCUGCAUGACGUGGACAAGUGGCGCUACAUGGGCUUCGCGGCGCUCUUCUUCAUCGCCUUCUUCAUCAUGGCCCUCCUCGCCAUGCAGUACAAGAAGUAUCAGCUGCGCUAAGCUAGCAUGGCUGCAGCAGCAGCGACCCACGGGUCAUACCUGCGCCCGCCAGGUAUCUGCAGAUGGGUGCACUGCACCGUUUGGUGCUUGCUGUUGCUCUUGCUGCUGGGUCGGGCAGGAACUCUCCGAAGAACGGAAUGGGGGUGUUUGGGUGAGGCCGGCUCAGGUGCACCUCGUCUUUCGGCAAUCACAUCAUGUUUCGACUCGCGGCCAGUUUUGUGAACGCUUAAUAUCCCUAGGUGCCAUUGCUUGGCCUCUGCUCCGUGACUCCGGACACUUCGCUGUAUCGUUGGUGGAUUCCCAUGUUAUAACCAUCGCAAGUUUGUGUCUCCGUAUCAUCUUGUUUUUUCCGGUUCUGCGUAUAUCGAGGGAUCGGCGGGCCCGCUUCUCAAGGUAUCUGGCUGGGUGGUUUAGCGCGUGCUGCUGAGAGGUUUUGAGCGGCUUCAUUCUAUUCUUAGCAAGUUGAGGGGUGAGAUAGUGUCUCAUUGAACGGAAUCCUCUGAACUUUUUCAAGUAACCGUAUGGGCUGUCGGUUAUAUUUCCGAUUUUGCCUUUGGAAGACGGUUGAGAGCUAAGGGCGUUUGAGAGGCGUGAUGGCUACCGUAUUGACCGGUCUGUUGGUAGUGCUGGUGACGUGUGGGGGAACAGCGGGCCGCGCAUCAUGCAUGGCUCUUGCAUGGCCCAAAACUUGUGGGUUUGCAUUUCCUAUGACGAGUCCAUUGCCCGUUUGAGGUUAUACGGCACGCGACGUAUGCUGUGUUCGCUGCAUAUUGCUGGGCAAGUGCAGAUGCUAAGGCCGGGUUAAGGCGCUUACACCGCGGUUCACGGCGUGUAUCGGAUUGCGCUCCUGCCAGCUGCGGGAUAUCUCUUUGUGUUUCAGGUGCUUGGCGAUGUAAGGGUAAAAAUCA